UGAGCUCUGUGUGACGCAAGGGGGUGGCGCGGCCACCUGGAUGCGCAUGCGCAGAGCUUGUUCAAAGGGCCUUAUUUAGGUUGCGCAGGCGCCCGCUGGCCAUUUCUUUUCAGCCACGCUGAAGCCGUCCGUUCCGUCUCUUUCGACCGAGUACCCAUUUGAGACAAUGAUGCUGGGUACCGAAGGCGGAGAGGGAUUCGUGGUGAAGGUUCGGGGCUUGCCCUGGUCUUGCUCAGCUGACGAAGUGCAGCGUUUUUUUUCUGACUGCAAAAUUCAAAAUGGGGCUCAAGGUAUUCGUUUCAUCUACACCAGAGAAGGCAGACCGAGUGGCGAGGCUUUUGUUGAACUUGAAUCAGAAGAUGAAGUCAAAUUGGCCCUGAAAAAAGACAGAGAAACUAUGGGACACAGAUAUGUUGAAGUAUUCAAGUCAAACAACGUUGAAAUGGAUUGGGUGUUGAAGCAUACUGGUCCAAAUAGUCCUGACACGGCCAAUGAUGGCUUUGUGCGCCUUAGAGGACUCCCCUUUGGAUGUAGCAAGGAAGAAAUUGUUCAGUUCUUCUCAGGGUUGGAAAUCGUGCCAAAUGGGAUAACAUUGCCGGUGGACUUCCAGGGGAGGAGUACGGGGGAGGCCUUCGUGCAGUUUGCUUCACAGGAAAUAGCUGAAAAGGCUCUAAAGAAACACAAGGAAAGAAUAGGGCACAGGUAUAUCGAAAUCUUUAAGAGCAGUCGAGCUGAAGUUAGAACUCACUAUGACCCACCACGAAAGCUUAUGGCCAUGCAGCGGCCAGGUCCCUAUGACAGGCCUGGGGCUGGCAGAGGGUAUAACAGCAUCGGCAGGGGAGCUGGCUUUGAAAGGAUGAGGCGUGGUGCUUAUGGUGGAGGUUAUGGAGGCUAUGAUGAUUAUAAUGGCUAUAAUGAUGGCUAUGGAUUUGGGUCAGAUAGAUUUGGAAGAGACCUCAAUUAUUGUUUUUCAGGAAUGUCUGACCACAGAUACGGGGAUGGUGGCUCUACUUUCCAGAGCACAACAGGACACUGUGUACACAUGCGGGGAUUACCUUACAGAGCUACUGAGAAUGACAUUUAUAAUUUUUUUUCACCGCUCAACCCUGUGAGAGUACAUAUUGAAAUUGGUCCUGAUGGCAGAGUAACUGGUGAAGCAGAUGUUGAGUUUGCAACUCAUGAAGAUGCUGUGGCAGCUAUGUCGAAAGACAAAGCAAACAUGCAACACAGAUAUGUAGAGCUCUUCUUGAAUUCUACAGCAGGAGCAAGCGGUGGUGCUUACGAACACAGAUAUGUAGAACUCUUCUUGAAUUCUACAGCAGGAGCAAGCGGUGGUGCUUAUGGUAGCCAAAUGAUGGGAGGCAUGGGCUUGUCAAACCAGUCCAGUUACGGUGGCCCGGCCAGCCAGCAGCUGAGUGGUGGCUAUGGAGGUGGCUAUGGUGGCCAGAGCAGCAUGAGCGGAUAUGACCAAGUUUUACAGGAAAACUCCAGUGAUUUUCAAUCAAACAUUGCAUAGGCAGCCAGGGAGCGGUGAGCAGCAGCUACUACAGCAGCGAGAGCCGUGCCUCGGUGGGGGUGAAUGGGAUGGGGGGGGUGUCUGGCGUGUCUAGUAUGAGUGCUGGGUGGGGGAUGUAACUGACCCCGAUCACUGACUCUUGGGCAGCAUUUUUUUAAAAGAAAAAAAAAACUUCAAGUUUAACAGUUUUGCAAUACCAGCUUGUGAUUUAUGCUUACUCUCAGUGGAAAUCAGGAUUGUUUUAAAGACUUAAGGUUCAGUAUUUUUGAACACAAACAUUCAUCUCGGAUGUAAUAGCUAAGUUGAGUAAACUAGAACUGUUAAACAAUUUUUAGCUUUUCUCAAGUUAGUUCUAUUGUAGGAUGUACUUAAGCAGUAAGUGUAUUUAGGUUUAAAGCAGUUGAAUUAUGUUAAAUGUUGCUCUUACAUCACAUUACAUUGAACACUGUUUGGGUGCAUGUUGAAUAAGACAUGCUUUUUUUGUAAAACUAUAGGAGCUGUGUCUACAAUUAAAAGUGAAACAUUUGGCAUGUUUGUUAAUUCUAGUUUCAUUUAAUAACUUCUAAGGCACGUAAGUUUAAGCUUUUUUUUUUUUAAGUUAAUGGGGAAAUUUGAGACGCAAUACCAAUACUUUAGGAUUUUGGUCUUGGUGUUUGUAUGAAAUUCUGAGGCCUUGAUUUAAAUCUUUACAUUGUAUUGUGAUUUCCUUUUAGGUGUAUUGCGCUAAGUGAAACUUGUCAAAUAAACCUUUUAAAAAUUGCA